AUGGUAGGCAAGCCGCCACAACACCGCCGUCACCAUGGCUCCUCCUCACUUGGGGCAGAGGAGCUCAACCUCUUGCACAUGUCCAGGGGUUCCCCGCCGGACGGUGGCGGCGGCCGCGGCGAGAGCCGGGGCGCGUUGGGCCAGUGGAAGUGCAGGCUGCUGGGCUCCCUCCGCCCGCGGCGCCAGCGCUGCGUGGUGUGCCUGCAGGUGCAGCACGUCACCGGCCUGCCCCCGGCCGCGGAGGGCCGCGGGGUGGUGGUGGGGUGGCGGAGCAGGGGCGGCGAGGGAGAGCACACGGCGCCGGCCCGGGUGGCGCGGGGCGCCGCCGCGUUCGACGAGGUGUUCCUGCAGCACUUCACCGUCGGCGGCGCCACGCUGCGGGGCUUCACCGUGUGGGCAGCGCUCCUGGACGCGCCCGCCGAUAACGGGGAUCUUGGCGCGUUCCCCGUCGACCUCGCCGAGGUCGCCGCCGCGGCGCUCAGCUUCCCGCUGGGCAGGGCCUUCCCGGGAAAAUUAGAGGCCCUGUACGAUACUAAGAAAUGA